UAGAGUGAUUGCAGAAACUGCCUUUUCUCUCUCAGAGACCAAGCUAGAGACCCAGGCUCCUCCAGGAAAGUGAGACCACCAUGGCUCCGAAGUCCCUGGUCCUGCUGCCAUGGCUGGUCUUGGUGCUGCUGGUGCUGGUGUGGGUCCAGCCUUCCCUGGGCAGGGAAUCGCCGGCCAUGAAGUUCCAGCGGCAGCACAUGGACUCCGGCAACUCCCCAGGCAACAACCCCAACUACUGCAACCAAAUGAUGAUGCGCCGAAAAAUGACCCAGGGACGGUGCAAGCCGGUGAACACCUUUGUGCACGAGUCCCUGGAAGAUGUCAAGGCCGUCUGCUCCCAGAAAAACGUCCUCUGCAAGAAUGGGCGGACCAACUGCUAUGAGAGCAACUCCACCAUGCACAUCACAGACUGCCGCCAGACGGGCAGCUCCAAGUACCCCAACUGUGCCUACAAGACCAGCCAGAAGGAGAAACACAUCAUUGUGGCCUGUGAGGGGGACCCGUACGUGCCAGUCCACUUUGACAAUUCUGUGUAGGUCUCUACCUGAAGCCAGAGAUGCCCCACUUCAUCGCCUCUCCCCCUCUUGCUUCCUUGCCCCGCAGGCAAGAACUCAAGUUAGUUAGGGCUCUUACCUUCCCCCCUCCUCCACGCACACACACACACAAGCACAUGCUUCCCUGGCUUGAGGGCAAUCACUCAAGUUAAUUAGGACUCUUAUCCAACACACACACACACACACACACACACACACACACACACACACACACGUGCGCCCCUGGCCUGAGGCUUGCCCCUGCGUGGCUUGGGGGGUGAGGAGAGGGUUGUGAGAUGGGGCCUAUGU